GAGGCCCCUCGCGCCUCCUUCCCAGUCUCCUCUGCGCGGCGCUGUCUAGACGUUUCCCCCAGCUGAAACCCGAGUCCGCGCUCCCUGCGUGCCCCGCGCGCUGCCCGAGGCGCAGGCCAGCCGGAAUCAACAUGUCUGGGAUGGAAGACACAACUCUUGGAGGGCGUGACAGCCAUCCUCCGGCUAGUGGCAGCUCUGUGUUAUGCUUUGGACAGUGCCAGUACACAGCGGAAGAGUACCAGACCAUCCAGAGUGCACUGAGGCAGAGGCUGGGCCCAGAAUACAUCAGCAGUCGAAUGGCUGGAGGAGGCCAGAAGGUGUGUUACAUUGAGGGCCACAGGGUAAUUAGUCUGGCCAACGAGAUGUUCGGCUACAAUGGCUGGGCACACUCUGUCACGCAGCAGAAUGUGGAUUUUGUUGACCUCAACAAUGGCAAGUUCUACGUGGGAGUCUGUGCAUUUGUGAGGGUCCAGUUGAAGGAUGGCUCAUACCAUGAAGACGUGGGUUAUGGUGUUAGUGAGGGCCUCAAGUCCAAGGCCUUGUCUUUGGAGAAGGCGCGGAAGGAGGCAGUGACAGAUGGGCUGAAGCGAGCCCUCAGGAGUUUUGGGAAUGCGCUUGGAAACUGUAUUCUGGACAAAGACUACCUGAGGUCACUCAAUAAGCUUCCCCGCCAGGUACGUCAGAAAUGGAUGAAUGCAGCGGGUUGCAGCGGAGAGAAUGUAAUCGAGUCUGUGUGUCAUGGGUUGAGUGUCUGGAGGAUGACGGGAGAAGAAGUGAGGACUCAGCUGUUCAGAGGGUCUGGAGUGUUCACGUAAGAUUCUGAAAGCAAGAGCCAGCAGGAGCUAAUCACCUCAUCUUACAGAUGAAACCAAGGUCUAGAGACUUUAUGGUACUUGCUCCGUGUGUAGAGAACUGUGGUUGGCAGUGGUCUAUGAAACCGCCCAAGGGACACGUGUCCCUCUGCGGCACCACUGUCGUUUUCUAGACACACUCUGAAUCUUGCUCGUUCAACCUUUCUUUUUCUUUGCUCUGAUGUCUUUAAGCUUAGGUUUCCAUUGUUUGUGGGCACCUAUCCCCUCAUCUGAGCGUUUGCCUUUGGGGCGUGGGGUCUGGUCGAGCGCCCUGGAACCCCUUGGCCUGGGAUGAGUCAGUCCCUGGAGUGUUCUUCCUGCUGGGGCAGGCGGCUGCUUCCUCUGUGGCGUGCUCUGAGGUACCUGCCGUGCCGCUAUCCAGGACCGCGUUUCCAUCUUGUACCCGAGGCGUCCUUUUUCUUGUGGCAUUCCUGGGACAGAUGUGUCCAUGGACAGCUGCCAACACUCCUUUAAAAAC